UUGGAGAAAGGAAUUAGCAUACGUUUAAGUGAAAUUCUUCUCAUUGCUGAUAUCUUUGAAGACAGAAAGUACCGUAUGCAUAAUAUACCAUACAGAUAUAGGAUGCAUCUAGCUCAUUGUAAUGAGCUUCGCAUCAAGAAUGUGACAAGAGAUAAUCAAAUUCAAUUCUUCAUUGAUAAGGCUCUGGCAAAGAGUACAGUCUCAGCACUGACAGAUUCAGAGUUGAAAUGGACUUGUUUUAAACAUGGAGCAAAUCCAACAGUAAUGUCACGAAGUGACCAGGUUAACUAUGUAAACAGGUGGAUUGAGUUCAUAAACCAAGUCAAUGAAACACACAUGCCUCUGCUUCUUCAUGGUGUAGUUUUCUUAGGAUAUAAUCACCCCAGUAACUUGAAAAUGAAAGAAAAACUUGGACUGAAAUGGAAACGAAAGACAUACCAUCAUUAGAGAAAUUCUAAUAAAUAAUAAAAAAAGUAUUUAUAGUUACUAUGGAGACAAUCGAGAUAGUCCUGAAGAUUACACUAAUGUAAAUCUAUGCAUGUUUGCUUUUUCUCGUGUCUUAAGUAUAUGCAAUGAUGUAAACUCUGUUUGCUUUACAUUUAAUUUAAAUAUAACUUUGAAGUUUUAUUUUUGUACAUUUGAUUAAGACUUUGAUAUAUUGCAUUUAAUUAAAUGCAUUGAAUGUUGUUUAUGAAGUAA